UCUUCGAAAAUCCAAAACGUUCAAGAAAUAUCGAAAACCUCCUCUGAAGCAACCCAGGACUUCUCUUCACUGCUAAAUUUCUGAAAAACCGUUGAGCGAGUGUGUUAUCAAAAACCCAUUUACAAUUCAGAGAAUUAACAGAUUUUGCUCUCCUGUGGAUUCUUCUGCUUCCUUUUGGCUUCAGAUUUUCUGUUGCUCUCUCUGUUUUUCUCUCUUGUUACAUCAUUUCUUUUUGGAGUCUUGAAUUAUGGGCCAAAGCCUAAAUUCCAUGAGCCAACAACGACCCAGAGCGGAGUUGCUCUAUGAACUGGUCAGCACUGGAAACGUGGAAGCCAUCAAAGCUCUUUGCAGGGAAGGUGCUAGCCUUGAGUGGAUUGACAGAGAAGGAAAGACCCCCCUCAUUGUGGCAUGCAUGAAUCCCGAACUGAUUCAUGUUGCCAAAACUCUUAUUGAAUUGGGUGCCAACGUCAAUGCUUAUCGUCCUGGGGCUCAUGCAGGUACUCCUUUACAUCAUGCAGCAAAAAAAGGCUUGGAACAGUCUGUUAAGUUACUUCUUUCCCAUGGAGCAAAUGCCCUGGUGAGGAAUGAUGAUUGUCAAACUCCACUUGAUGUUGCCAGAGUAAAAGGGCACACUAAUGUUGUUCGUGCAAUUGAGAAUCAUGUCUGCCAUUUCUCUGGCUGGUUGCGGGAAUUUUAUGGUCCAAGCUUUCUUGAAGCAUUAGCACCUAAACUGUUAUCAAGAACAAUUUGGGUGGUUGUUAUACCUUUUGGUUCCAGUAAUUCUACAAUGCCUCUCAAAAUGGAGCUCAUGAUAUAUCCUACUUUGCAAGAUGUGCAGCCUCGUUCAGUUAUUGCUCUUUGGAAGGCCAGAAUUGAGGAACCUGUUUUUCAUCAAAAGGAUCCAGCUUUAACUAUAGUUGAUCAGUUUUCCAAAACUCGGUAUAAGCUUGCAUCCGCCAUUGAGGGUGAUAAACAGCAACUUCGACAGUUACAUAAUGUGUGCGUAGGAAUUUCUCAGGUUAUGCCUCCCCCAGUGCUUGACAAUACUCAAACCUCAACUCUAGAAGCUGCACCUCAAACUUCUGCAGAAGCUGUUGAGUUGGCUGUGGGAAUGAAUGCCUCCAUCCAGUCUACUGCCAUGGAGAGACCCCCACUUCCUCCAAAUGCUCACCAGAGCUUUGAAUCAAUUGACACAAAUGGUUGGGGAGAUUCUACUGUGAAUGCUAGUCACAAUGGGUGGGGCCCUGCUGUAGGAACCGCAAAAAUAAAUGUAAGUAGCAAUGAGAGGAUGGAUGAGCCUUCAAAAGAAGAUUACAAUGGAUGGGAUUUGCCUGCUUCUGGGACGGUUGGCAAUACAACUCAACAUGGGCGAACCAGCGGUAAUGUUUCUCCUCUUGCUCCCACAAACAGUGGUGUUUCUACAUCCGAUUCUUCAGCUUCAGUUCCAUCUGCUCCUCCUAUUCCCAAGGAGUGUUUGGACGAAGGGCCAAUUCACUAUCCAUCCAUUGAUUUCAGCCCAGUGGACUGGUCUGUUCCAGCCAGAGAGGAUGGGGAUUCUGUAACAAAUGAUGUGAAAGAUAAAGGCAGUUCUUCCUCGUGUAUCAUAUGUUGGGAAGCUCCAGUAGAGGGAGCAUGCAUUCCCUGUGGUCAUAUGGCUGGUUGCAUGUCCUGUUUGGUUGAGAUCAAGGCCAAGAAAGGUGUUUGCCCUGUAUGCCGAUCUAAGAUAAAGCAGGUUGUGAGGCUUUAUGCUGUCUGAUAAGUUAACAUAUUAUUAUGGAGCUGGGAUUGUUUUAAGAUUUUGACAUUAAUAUAUUUUUUUAUCCAUGAGCUUGUGACAUUCAUUUAAUGGGGUUUUGAACAUAAAUGCACAUAUUGCAACCCUGCAUUUUUGUGAUGUACAGUUCGCAAGGGGAACUGCCCUUUCCUUUUAUGGAACUAUUCUGGAAACGCUGUUUUUUCAAUGUUACUGCAAUUACAGAGUA